AUGCAGAAUGUUAGCAGCGGGGUAACUGGGGUAGAGGAGAGAAUUGGGAAUCAGGCUAGAAGAGAUAGAAUUGGGGAGGACGAGCAGAGAGCCGCUAACACAGAACCCCGGCGAUGCGAGCCCUGGGCGGCGGCAGCGGCGCGCGGUCUCCUCGCGUCCAGGAGUGGCUGGUGUGUCCAUCCUCCCCAGACCCAUCCCCACCGCGCCGAGUGCUCCGCUCUUCUUUCUUCCCUCUCCGCCCCACAGCCGGGCGCCGCCGCCGACGCCCAGCUCCUUCGGGUCAUAAACUAUGAGAUCUCCUGCGCCCAACAAGACUGCAAGAAACGCGACUGGGCAAAGGAACUAGGGGAAGGGUUCCCCUUUGAGAUCCAGGACAAGGAGGGUACCAGUAGGAUAACUCUCACCAGGAAAGAUCGGAAGGAGCGAAUUGAAGUGGACGUGUUCCUGCCGAGCCCUGCUGAUAGCUUGGAGCAGAAUGGUGAGCAAGAGGACCAGGUUGAAGGUGACAACCGCCAGGGACAAGCCAGUAAUGCUGCUGCAAAUCAGUACUAUAUCCCGCUGCUGGUGAAAAUUCACAAAGGAACAGCUUCACGGCUGGAGAUCAGUUGUAGAUCUUACCCUGAUGAAUUCACCAUUGACAGUUUGGCAUUUGGACCGAGUAAUCUUCCUGAGGAAUUGCAGCAAGCAUUCUAUUCCUACUUGAAAAGCAGAGCCAUUUCGUCAGAUGUUACCAACUUCUUGCAUGCAUACGUAAUAAACAAAGAGUGCCACGAGUACUUGGCUUGGCUGAGAAAACUUAAGGGUUUGAUGAAAAAUUAAAUGAAGUUCAGCAGAAGUUCCUUAUUUUUUUCCACAGUUUUGGACAAAUUCCUUUCAUCAGUUCUUGAGGCCAUUUUUCAGUGGCACUGUGAUGUCUGAGAUAAGAAUUAAGGUGAGGAUAUACACUCCUAUAAAAUGUACCAUUUGCGCCAUGUAUGUGAAUGUUGGUGUCCUUUGCUGCUUGGGCUGCGCGAUGUGGUUCAGUUUUGAUCAACUAUAGAUUGUCUUUGGACUAUUACAUAAUAUAUGUUCCUCGAAUUCGAAA